GAAGAAAAGCAAAUUCCUCAAGAUGGAGCUAAAUGCUGCAAAAUGCGUCACACGAUGAAGAGUCGCAGAUGACCAAAAGGCUUCCAGAUGAUUCCGUUUCGGGCUCUCGGAUUUGUUUGUUUAAUUAUUGGCUUCAGCGCUGCAUAUGAGCCUGCAGUUGGAGCAAAUGCAGCCUCCAAAAACCACUGUUCCCGAAAAGACUGCAAUGGAAUACAAUAUGACAUCCAAGAGGCUGCUUGCUGUGAAAACAAACUUCAUCCAGGUUCAAACCUGUUUUGUUGUGGAAAGGAGCCUUACAAUCCUGGUACAGCCACUUGUUGUAAAGUUCAACAUGGAAAGAUCCUCACAGCCAGUGUUACUCAGGGUCUGAGUGAAAAUGUGUCCAAGUGCUGUGACCUGAAGGCCUACAACCCAGUCAAUGAAAUAUGUUGUCAAUCAACCAUCAUAUCAAAACCUGGACCAAUGGCUGAAUGCUGUGUUAAAGAUGUCUUUGAUAAGGACAAGCAGUUGUGUUGUGGUCCAGCUGAUAAUAAGACAAUUCUGGUGAGGAAUUCCCGUCACCAUGAGUGCUGUGGUCACAGCCAGUAUGACACUGAGACUCAGUGCUGCUGUUCAAAUGAGGAGAAGAUGGAGAUACAAUCGAAGGAUUCAUCCUGCUGUGUCAAGAAUUUCACUCCAGGCCUUUCAAGUGGAAAUACCACCUUCAACAAACCUUCACCAAAGCAUGGAUAUUGUGGUGAAGAGAUUUACGAUAUGGAAAAUAAGUUGUGUUGUGGUCCAAAUAAUGAUAAAAAGAUCCUGACAAAGAAGUCCAGAGAUCAUGUGUGCUGUCAUCAUGGCCAGUUCAACGUCAAAACUGAGUGCUGCUGUUAUAACAAUCAUAUUGCUGAAGUACAGUUGACGAAUUCAUCUUGCUGUAUGAAACAGCAGAUAUUCAAGCUCCAACCCAAAUGCACUGAACCAAACACACAUCUCUGUGGGUCGUCGUGUUACAAUCCAAAGCAAAAUCGCUGCUGUGAGAGUAACCACGAGCCUCACUCACUUGACAACUCAGGUCAAAGGAAGGCCACAGCCACCGUGUACAACCCACAUACUCAGGUCUGCUGUGAUGGACGUGUAUCUCCGUGGAAGCCUUGGAUCGAUCAGUGCUGUGGAGAGACGCCGUAUGGCUCGGCACAACGUGGAGUUCUCUGUUGUAAUAAGACCUUGUACGAGGACAGAGAUGAUGGAGAGGAAUGUUCAGAGAUGGGUAUUCCUUACAACCCGGCUAAAGGGACCAUAUGUUGUUCUCAGUUUCAUGGCAGCCCAGGACAACACUGCUGUGGGACAGAAAUUUACCGGCCUCGUACUGAGAUCUGCUGCAAUGGACACAGACAUCUGAAAUCAGAAAACAUUCACUGCUGUGGGGUCAAAGCCUACAACAUUAAAGACCCACAGAUGAAGUGCUGUGCAGGAACACUGUACAAUCUGACAUCAUUAGACAAGCAUGGAGGGGAUGCGCAGUGCUGCGGAUCCAUUCUGCAAAAGCCACAGGACAUUUGCUGCUCAAGUGAGGACAAAGAGGUGCUCUACUCUGCCAAAAUAGGGUUCAGAUGCUGUGGUCACCUUUACUAUAACACCACCCUGUGGUCAUGCUGUGCUGGGGGGCUGAGAAGAAUCCGUGAACCAGGACAGGAUCAGAGAAAGAUGAUUAAUGGAUCCAGACUUCUAUCUGUGAAUAAUCUGAACAAAAUCGAUCUUUGCAAAGAAAUGCACAUUGGGACUGUGGAAAGUGUGUCGCUGCAGAGCAUUGUGUUCAGGAGUGUGCUGAAGGUCCAUGGGAUGGAGGCCAAAGUGAAAGCUCUGCCAUUCCCUUACAUCCUGGAAAGAGAUGAUCGCUGCAGCUCCCCUAAACUGAUUGCUGGGAAGACCUACUACUUUAACAAAGUUAAUGUUUUCAUUGAUUUCAAUCAUGACUCUGUUCUUCAGUCACUCCAUUUCAUUAUUUGCAAAUGUUCAUCUCAGGUCACCACUGGCUGAUGUAUACAUGGUCAGUGUGGAUCUGUUGCUCCCUUCUUUGAACAAGUUCUCUUUUUUCACAUAUUUACUCACAGUGUUGGCUUUGUCACACAGAAAAUUAAUUAAUUACACAUCACAUUAUACUGGUUAACAUUAUUUUACAAAGUAAUUUGUUACCAUAUUUAUUACAGAGUACUUGUUGCAUUGCAACCUAAUAUACUCACCCCAAAUUACUCUCUGAUGCACCCAUCACAGUGUGAAUGUUUGCUUGAACUUAAACACAGAAAGAAGUCGUUGUAUGAAUGUGUGAAUGAGGGACGUUGUAUCAAGCGCUUUGAGUGCUCAGGUAGGGUAGAAAAGUGUUAUAUAGAAGAACCUGUCCAUUUAUCAGUAGUAUACAAUACUUCACAUGAUAUGUUGUUUAUACAUUACUCUGCCUAUGUCCAGCCAAACCAUGUUGCUCUGUUGUUAACACAUCCCAAGAUGUCUUAUCACAGACAGAAUUUAGGUACUUUAAGUAAAGAAAACAAAAAACAAUGUAGCUUUUAACUUCAGUUUUACAGGGACUCACAUUGUAGUGAUUCACACAACUUGACAUUAAUCAAUACUGUAACACAGUAAGCUGGUGCACAAUGUUGUUUCUCAAAUCUAAAUUUGAACAAAAUCUAAAUGUAACUUUGAUUCUUGCACUGAUCUAAAAUACAAGGGACAACUGUGUGCACAUGUCCUUGAACCAUACAAUUCAAUACUUGUGGUAAAGUCCAUGAUUUACUGUGAUUGUUAAUUCUAAUGAAUGAUAAACACUUAAUGCCAAUAUCAUGAAUACAAAUAUGUUAGAAGGACCCACUAAAAAUUCCAUUAGUUUCUGUUUCUUUGAAUGUGAUUCAUGUAAAAUAGUUAAUGGUAAGGAUAGGUAUGGGAAUUUAAGAAUGGUAAGGAAUCUAGUAAGGACUUGAGGGACAUUUAAGCUAUAAGCAAACAUAAACACUGCCUGCUUGAUUUAGUGACUUUGUUGUUAAUAUAAUAUAUUGCAUAUAUAUAUUGUAAAUGUUUAAUAUUUGAAUGGACCUAUUAUCCUUUAAGGAUUCAAAUAAAUAAAU